AUGAGGAUCCUGCGAGACACACUAAAGUCUGACGUUAUCAAAUUGUGUACUCACGUGGUACUGUUACAAAUAGCCUUACCCUUGGGCUUGGCGCUUAAUGUGAUUGCUCCGGAACGACUUCUGAAAGAACGACUUUACCAAUCUGGGGACUACAUCAUAGGAGGACUGUUUCCGCUACAUUUUGGGGUCACUGCAGACCGGAAGUUGUGCACCAACUUCAGUGAAAAGGGAUUAUCGUGGCUCCAGGCUUUCCUCUUCGCCAUUGACACCAUUAAUAAAGACACGACGAUUCUCCCCAACAUCACCUUAGGUUAUGACGUCAGAGAUGAUUGCAACCAGGUUGACAGGGCGGUGGAAGCUGCCUAUGACUUUAUCUCAGGUCGGAAGUUCCUCGGUAGGCGUUCAAGUGGCGAUUGCGCAGUGGAACCAACAGCGUCGUCCAAUGAUCGGCCACCAAUAGACCCACGUCACCGAAAUUGCAUGUCAGUCACUUCUAGCAGACGACCGAGUGUCUCCGCUGUUGUCGGGUCGGCCAGUUCGGUUCUUUCCGCCACGAUAGCGAAUAUUUUCGGCGUCGAGAACAUCCCACAAAUCAGCUACGCCGCCACAAGCCGAUGGUUGAGUGAUAAGAAGCGGUACAGAUCAUUUUUCAGGACUAUACCUUCGGAUGACCUUCAAGUCAAGGUCAUUGUGGAUUUGGUACACCAUUUCAACUGGACAUAUUUGUCAACGUUGGCAACUGAUAGCGUGUAUGGGGAGUUGGGUGUCGAAGAGUUCCAGGAAGAAAUCAAACAGCAGAAAAUCUGCCUAGCCGUCCGCCAUGUUCUUCCUUCUGGCGGAAGUAGAGGCGCCCUGAAGAGGUUUGUAGACCGCCUCCAGCGAUCGGAGGAAGGCAGAAAAUCCUCAGUGGUGCUUGCGUUCCUACCAGAACACGAAGCCUCGUCGUUGUUGGGGGAAAUCAGUCGAUAUAAACUCAAGGGGAAAACUUUUAUAGCUUCCGAGAGUUGGGCCGACACGGCUUCCACUCUAGAACAGCCACCGGAAGUUGUGCAGGGAAUGCUGGGUAUUAUAUCCAGCAGGGGAACAGUGCCGGGAUACUCUGAUUAUCUGAGAGACAUUUCAGGCGAGAAUCUUUUAAGAAACAAUCCGUGGUUAAAGACAUACCUGGAAGAAAAGUUGCACUGUCAUUUCGAGGCCAAGGCCAGACAACUGGACUGUUGGGAAUUGCUCGAGAACAGAUCUUCGGUAAUAAACAACACCUUGUUCACGAACGGGAAGGUGUCGAACGUCGUCGACGCGGUGUACGCCAUUGCGCAUGCUCUUCACAGUCUGCUCUGCGAUUCCGGUUCCUGCGAGAAAAGACACAUUGUGCACGGGGAUCUCUCCCAGUCCUUGCACAAUGUGAGUUUUCAAGGCUGCCAGGGAACAGUUUCAUUUGACCAUAACGGGGAUGUCUCUGCAGCCAAAUACGUCAUAACCAACGUCCAGAAGGCUGGGAAUGGUUUAAAGUACGUUGACGUUGGUAGCUGGAACGGAACUUUGACUGUCGCAGAUCACAAAAUUGAGUGGAAUAACGGCUAUGGGUCAGCUCCCGUCUCGGCCUGUAGUGAGGACUGUACCCCAGGAUACCGCAUUCUCUACAGUUCCUCUAAAUGCUGCUGGGCCUGUGUCCUCUGCGAUGAAGACACCUUUACGAAUUCCACAAAUCAAGAGGUUUGUUCGAGUUGUAAAGACGUAUUUGGAAAGGGAUGGACGAACAACACCAACAAUACAUCGUGCGUUGAACUACCCCUGGAGUACCUCACCUGGGAGGACACCCUCGCCAUCGCCGCCUCUGUCAUAUCUCUUCUGCUCUUCGGCGCCGAUGUCUUCUGUCUUGGGGUCUUCAUCCGAUAUCGUGAGACUCCGGUCGUGAAGGGGUCGAACAGAGAACUGACCUUCCUGUUGUUAGUUUUUCUGGGGUUCUGCUUCCUGAAUCCAUUCCUCUACAUCGGAAGACCAAACGACGUCCUCUGCAAAAUCCAACCGAACAUCUUCGGAUUCGUCUACACCGUCUGCAUCUCUGUCAUGUUCGCGAAAACCAGGCGGAUCUUGAUGGUAUUCACGGCAAAGAUGUCCAGCCUCUCGGCGAUCCACUCCGACCGACGACGCUCCGAACAGAAGCAAGUUCUCCUCUUAAUCACGAUGACGCUGGUGGAAGGUAGCAUCGUGGGCAUGUCCACCUACCUGAUGUCUCCUGAGGAGACCUACGAUUACAGCAAACCGCGUCGCGUCAUUGUCGACUGCGGGACGCCAUGGCUCACCAUCCACCUCAUCGCCAUGUCCUACACCUGUCUCAUCGCCAUCAUCUGCACCUUCCUGGCGUUCAAGGCUCGGAAACUACCGGAAGCGUUCAAUGAGGCUCGCUCCAUCAGCUUCACCAUGUUCGUCAUGAUUCUGGUUUGGAUCGGCUCCAUUCCGGCUUAUCUUGGCUCUCACGGAAAAGCCCGAACGGCGUGGUUCUGCUUUUCGGCAACCUUCGCCGCGCUGCCGAAGCUCCUCUUCCUCAUCGUACCCAAGGUUCGCAUCAUUCUUUUCUACCCGGAGAAAAACCGAGCCGAUGUAGUGAGGUCGCAGACCACCAACCACAUCCUCACCAAAGCGGUGCGUCGCACGUCAAGCGUGUCAAUCGCCAACAGCGGCUCUCAAUCUGCGCAACUUCGGCGUCGCAGCAACACUGCGGGGUCCACCGAUAGCGGGACCGUGAUGAUUCAUACUCGAAAACACGGCAAAGCCAAACGCCAGGCCUCCUCGACCGAGUCACAAAUGGACAGCCGUCGCUUCUCGGACCUCUCUGAAAGGAGCAGCCGGUCAGACUACAGCGAGCCGCGGACGACCAUAGAGACAGAUAUAGACCUUACUGACAAUAAAGCAAAUCUUAACGAAUUUUCUAGCGACACGAAGCUAUGA